CUCCGUGGCUCCGCCUCCCGGAAGCUUCUCUGGGUUUUCUGGGUUUUCGCUUGCAGGUCAGGGGUGAAAGGUGGCAGGGCUGCGCGGACCUUGGUGAAUAACUGCUGGGAGUUCGGCUCCCGGCCGGCGCAAGUUAGAACUCAGGAAAACAGCUAUCAUUUUGUGCCAAGAUGUCAGGAAUUGGAAAUAAAAGAGCAGCUGGAGAGCCUGGCACGUCUGUGCCUCCGGAGAAGAAAGCAGCUGUUGAAGAUUCAGGGACCACAGUGGAAACAAUUAAGCUUGGGGGUGUCUCUUCAACGGAGGAGUUAGACAUUCGAACACUGCAAACUAAAAAUCGCAAACUGGCAGAAAUGCUCGAUCAACGGCAGGCCAUCGAAGAUGAACUCCGUGAGCACAUUGAGAAACUGGAACGAAGACAGGCCACCGAUGAUGCCUCACUAUUGAUCGUUAACCGGUACUGGAGUCAGUUUGAUGAAAACAUCCGUAUCAUCCUUAAACGUUACGAUCUGGAGCAGGGUUUGGGAGACCUACUCACAGAAAGAAAAGCCCUUGUUGUGCCUGAGCCGGAACCAGACUCCGACAGCAAUCAGGAGCGGAAGGAUGACCGAGAGAGAGGGGAAGGGCAAGAGCCAGCUUUCUCUUUCCUUGCUACUUUGGCCAGCAGUUCCAGUGAAGAGAUGGAAUCUCAGCUGCAGGAGCGUGUGGAGUCCUCCCGCCGAGCUGUGUCCCAGAUUGUGACCGUCUAUGAUAAACUGCAAGAAAAAGUAGAGCUCUUAUCACGGAAGCUAAACAGUGGAGAUAACCUGACAGUGGAGGAAGCCGUGCAGGAGCUGAAUUCCUUCCUCGCACAAGAGAACAUGAGGCUACAGGAACUGACAGACCUCCUUCAGGAGAAGCAUCGCACCAUGUCUCAGGAGUUCUCCAAGUUGCAGAGUAAAGUGGAGACAGCUGAGUCACGGGUGUCUGUCCUGGAGUCCAUGAUUGAUGACCUGCAGUGGGAUAUCGACAAAAUCCGAAAGAGGGAACAGCGGCUCAACCGACACUUAGCAGAAGUCCUGGAACGGGUGAAUUCAAAAGGUUACAAAGUAUAUGGCGCGGGGAGCAGUCUCUAUGGCGGCACAAUCACCAUCAACGCCCGGAAGUUUGAAGAAAUGAAUGCAGAGCUUGAGGAGAACAAAGAGUUGGCUCAGAACCGGCACUGUGAGCUGGAGAAACUUCGGCAAGACUUUGAGGAGGUCACUACACAAAAUGAAAAGUUGAAGGUGGAGUUGCGGAGUGCUGUGGAGGAAGUGGUCAAGGAGACCCCGGAAUACCGCUGCAUGCAGUCACAGUUCUCUGUCUUGUACAACGAGAGCCUCCAGUUGAAAGCACACUUGGAUGAGGCUCGGACCCUGCUUCAUGGCACCAGAGGGACCCACCAGCGCCAAGUUGAGCUCAUUGAGCGAGAUGAGGUUAGCCUCCAUAAGAAGCUGCGGACUGAAGUGAUCCAGCUAGAAGAUACGCUGGCCCAGGUCCGCAAGGAGUAUGAAAUGCUGAGGAUAGAAUUUGAGCAGACCCUGGCUGCCAAUGAACAAGCAGGCCCCAUAAAUCGGGAGAUGCGCCACCUCAUCAGUAGCCUCCAGAAUCACAAUCACCAGCUCAAAGGGGAGGUCCUCAGGUAUAAGCGGAAACUGAGAGAAGCCCAGUCUGACCUGAACAAGACACGCCUGCGCAGUGGCAGUGCCCUCCUGCAGUCUCAGUCCAGUACUGAGGACCCGAAGGACGAGCCUGCAGAGCUAAAACAGGACCCCGAGGACUUACCCGCCCAGCCCACCCCUUUGAAGGCAUCUCAGGAGGAAGUCAACGAAAUGAAGUCCAAACGGGAUGAGGAAGAGCGAGAACGAGAAAGGAGGGAAAAAGAGAGGGAGCGAGAAAGAGAGCGGGAGAAGGAAAAGGAGAGAGAACGAGAGAAGCAGAAACUAAAAGAGUCAGAAAAAGAGAGAGAUUCUGCUAAGGAUAAAGAGAAAGGGAAACAUGAUGAUGGAAGGAAAAAGGAAGCAGAAGUUAUCAAACAACUGAAGAUUGAACUCAAGAAGGCGCAGGAGAGCCAGAAGGAGAUGAAACUACUGCUAGACAUGUAUCGCUCUGCCCCAAAGGAGCAGAGAGACAAAGUUCAGCUCAUGGCCGCUGAGAAGAAGUCCAAGGCAGAGUUGGAAGAUUUAAGGCAAAGACUCAAGGAUCUAGAGGAUAAAGAGAAAAAAGAGAACAAGAAAAUGGCUGAUGAGGAUGCCUUGAGGAAGAUCCGGGCAGUAGAGGAGCAGAUAGAAUACUUGCAGAAGAAGCUGGCCAUGGCCAAGCAGGAGGAAGAAGCUCUCCUCUCUGAGAUGGACGUCACAGGUCAGGCCUUUGAGGACAUGCAAGAGCAAAAUAUCCGUUUGAUGCAGCAGUUGCGGGAGAAGGAUGAUGCAAAUUUCAAGCUCAUGUCAGAACGUAUCAAGUCCAAUCAGAUCCAUAAGUUGCUGAAAGAAGAGAAGGAGGAGCUGGCAGACCAGGUUUUGACUCUGAAGACUCAGGUUGAUGCCCAGUUACAAGUAGUGAGGAAACUGGAAGAGAAGGAGCAUCUGUUACAAAGCAACAUUGGCACAGGGGAGAAGGAGCUGGGUCUUAGGACUCAAGCCUUAGAGAUGAAUAAACGCAAGGCAAUGGAGGCAGCCCAGCUUGCAGAUGACCUCAAAGCACAGUUGGAGUUGGCUCAGAAGAAGCUACAUGAUUUUCAGGAUGAGAUCGUGGAGAACAGUGUCACCAAAGAAAAAGACAUGUUCAAUUUCAAACGAGCCCAGGAGGACAUCUCUAGACUUCGAAGGAAGCUGGAGACCACAAAGAAACCAGACAAUGUACCCAAAUGUGAUGAGAUUCUGAUGGAGGAGAUUAAGGAUUACAAGGCACGCCUCACCUGUCCGUGUUGCAACAUGCGUAAAAAGGACGCUGUACUUACCAAGUGUUUUCAUGUUUUCUGCUUUGAGUGUGUGAAGACCCGCUAUGACACUCGCCAGCGCAAAUGUCCCAAGUGUAACGCUGCUUUUGGUGCCAAUGAUUUCCAUCGCAUCUAUAUCGGUUGAUCCAAGCCAGGAGAAGAGGGGCUGGCUAGACAGGCACUUAGUCAUUAACCACCAAACCUCUACCUCUUCUCUCCUUGACUGUCACCUACAGGGCAGUUUGUCAACUCCCUUUCCUUCACAGACUUUAUAUCCAAGUUCUCUAAUACCUAGAUGACUUCAGGGGAAGGACUGGCAGUGCAAGUCUUGGGUUUUAGAAUGAAUUAGAAACAGUUUUUUAUUUGUCUUCCCUGCCAGCUUUGUUCAUUUCCUGCUUCUAGACUUUUUAGCAUCUUCAGGCUCACCAUAUAAUCUUGGACUGUCCAUUCUUCCUGAAGAAGUCAGACUGGUAUUUUUGACACGGAACAAAGAAGAGUAGAGACGCUUGGCUCUUUGCCAGGGGUGGUGAUCUUUUAGAAAUAAGCUACCUACGGGCACAAACAGUACCUGACUGGGGUGGUAAACUUUUUGUAAACUUGGAUUAUAAAAUGGUAUCAUUGUGCUAUUUUUUUCUGGAUGGUUUGAAGCCUUAAUGAAAUUUAUGUCCAGGAUGAUUCAGUCCAUUUCCUACUCACUAGCAGAGUAACUUGUUAAGGUCAGCUGGCUUUCUUGUUAAAAGUUAUUUAAGUUUUGAAUGUUCUGCCAUUGAUGUCUUUCAAUUUCUUGAGGCCAGAAUAAUUUCGAAUACUAUAGCCCAUUUUAUCUUAUAAUGAAAUCAAGAUUGAAGAGGAUGGGGCACAGGACUGAGAUGGGGAAGAGAUCUUCUGGGUACUUGGGGAACUCGAUAGAGGGAGGCCUUGGUGAGCUAUGAAUUAAUCUCAUCCACCUCUCCACAGGGGUUGUUGUGAAUCCUGUUUUCCAGAGGAUUCUCUGUAAUGUUUCUGUAGGGCUUUCUACGCCACAAGCUUCAAUUAAAGCAGGAUUCAUUUGG